CAACACAAAUUUCAUCGUACGAGAAGUAGGCAUUUUUAAUAAAAUCAGAAACCCCAGUUUAUUUUGGCUCCCAUAAAAUUUGAAAUACCAGUAAACGUAUUUUUUAAGCCGCGAAACCUCAGCCAUGAUGUCUUUAACUCGAGCUCCAUUACUCUUUGAACUUUCCCGGAGCAGGAGUUUGCAUCAGAGGAGGACGAGGCGACCAUUUCCGGUGGUUCCCGACGCAAGGAUUAAGACCCCAGCGCAGUCAGCCCGACCACCCCGUAUUCUGGUGAAGAGCUUCUUGGCCCUCCAUCAUCUGGACUCUGUUUAUAUGCAGGGUGCUCCUCGUGAUCUUAGGGACUUUUUUAUGUCAAACUGGAAGAACGCGAAGAGAUGAUACACUUCCUGGACUUUGCCAUUGAUUUGCAUGGCUAAAUCGUCAUUAAAUUAAAAGGUUUUGGAAAAAGUACUGUUGUACAAAUAUAGUUUUCGCCUUGAAGCGUCA